ACCAAUCAAUAAAGUCAGGGUUUAAAAAUAAAUCUUAUUUGCUUUCAUUUGAAAGUGAUCGGUGCAAAGUGUCAGAAGCAAAGUUUUUAUUGCGGCUUACAAAGUGUAACGAAGUGAUUCACCUAAAGCAACAGCAAACAGAAGAUACAAUAAUAAAAAUGAGAAAAUCCAAUUUCGCCAUAUUCUUUGUUCUACUCGCAGCGCAUAACAGCAUCGGGCCGCCCGCCACCCAAGCGCUCCAAUUAAACUUGACCGAAAGCUGUGGGAAUACCCAAACCUUCUACUGCACUUUGUCGAAUAUCACGGCCACGCUCACCGAUCCGCUCAUCGUCGCCAAUGCCACGGCACCGCAGCUGUACGAGCUGGUGCUGCGUGAUUCGGUAAUCACGCGCAUCCCGCGCCCGCUUUUCACAAACGCGCCAGCGCUGCGCUCGUUUUUUAUGCACAAUUGCGGCUUAUUGCGACUUACGGCCUACGACUUCCCAACCGGUCUCCCGCUACGCACCUUAGUGCUGCAGCAGAAUCGUUUUUUCGAUGUGCCAGAGAAGUCGUUCAUCGCAAUCUAUGGGCUCGAGGAGCUGCAGCUCGGACGCAAUAUGAUCCACAUGGUGCACAAGAACGCGUUUGCCAGUUUGGAGAGACUACGCUACCUGGACUUGCAGCAAAACGGUAUACGCGAACUACCCCUGUCACUUUUUGACGAUCUCGUCAACUUGGAGCACAUCGAUUUGAGCAGCAACAAUAUAGAGAAGAUCGACACUGCGACAUUCGCGCACAAUACGAAGCUACAAACGCUGCUGUUGGGCGAUAACAGAUUUUCGCUCUUCGAACCGAACGCUUUGGCACACUUGCCGCGGCUGCAUCUACUCGACAUCAGCUACAGUCUUGUUGACGAGCUGCGCUUGCAGUCGGUCGAUACGCUGCUGAUGCAGGGCAGCACGCUGCAGCGUAUCGCUAUCGCGGGCAGCGCCGUUAAAGUGCACGCGGGCAACAAUCAGCUAACCAGCCUCAAUAUUGCCGACAAACUUAGCGUGCGCGAACUGGAUUUGCAUGGCAAUCGACUUGAAACGCUGGAAGAUUUAGUGGGCAUGUUGAAUCUGCAGCGGCUGGAUGUGUCACGCAAUCAAUUGCAAUCGCUGCGCACCUCUCACUCGCCCCUUUACUUGCCCUUGCCAAAUUUGGUGCACCUAAACUUGGCUUCCAAUCAAUUGCAAAACCUGACGUUAGAGCAUUUCCUGGUGCUGCAGAAGCUGACACACCUCGAUUUGGCCUUCAACCAUUUGCUGCGCUUGGAUCAGCGUCUUUUCGAGCCACUCGUCAAUUUGGAAAAGUUGUAUAUCGAAGGCAAUCGGUUGCACGUUUUCGACUAUGAGAAAUUUGUCGCUACGCACGCCUAUCUCAAAGAGUGCGGCCUAUUGGAAAACGAGUGGGAAUACCGUUAUAAGCGCACCAUGUUGGCCUACCUGAAAGAGCACAACAUUCAGGUGCCAGUGCGCUUCACCUCGAACAACUACAACAGCAACAACAUGGAUAAUCUUUUUGAAUCAACAUUGAACUCGCUUUCGGCGCCCGAUAAGGCAACUCAUCAUCGCUAUGCAUCAACGGCCAGUUCAGUUGAUGAUGAUUUCGAGGAGUUGCACGCUGAUGCAGCAGCGUCCGCAGUAGCAGGCAUAAGUGGCAUUCAUCCAUACUGGACUACGCGAGAUGUGCUGACAGUGAUUAUAUUGUUGCUGGUGUUCCUGGUAUUGUUGUUGCAGUUGUUUAGCUUCCUACGCGAGGAGGAGUGUCUGCCAACUUGCUGCAAUAGGAUGGCCAGAAAUGCACAAAGGAACGAGCGUCGACGGCUGGAGGAAGAAGAGGAGGACUCGGAAGUGUAGAGCUAUGAAUUCAUUUACUUGUAAAUAUCGUAAUGAAAUUGUUUGUGUAAAUAAAAAAUGUGCCGUGGGUACAUGACACAAAAUUUUCUUCAUAUACAAA